UGCACUACUACCUAGCUCUACCCCCACCUUAAACUGAUACAAGUCCAACAUAUGAGCAUCUUGUCUUCACUAAACGAGAUACACCAGUCGACAUCUUCCUCAAUGACGGCUCCGAAGGUCCUCCACUUUCCCGAUAGGCCGCAGUUUACGGCCUUUAUGAAACCAUGUCGUGUGGAGGGCGAGGUCCACAACCUAGAAGUCUACGGGGACAUCCCAAGUGACAUCGAUGGCACAUUCUUCCGGGUGAUGCCUGAUCCGCAGAUGCCACCCUUCAUCGAAGACGAUCCGUGGUUUAACGGGGAUGGGAAUAUCAGUGCGUUUCGCAUCAAGGAUGGCACAGUGUCAUGGCAACAACGAUAUGUCCGAACAGAAAAGUUCAUUCGGGAGAGAGAGGCAGGAAAGGCCCUUCUUGGAAAGUAUCGCAACAAAUUCACGGAUGCGGUCCACUUCAAGAUCCGCAGCACUGCCAACACGAACGUGGUCUACUUCAAUGGGCAAUUGCUGGCUUUGAAAGAGGACUCUCCUCCGUAUGCGAUGGAUCCUCGUACCUUGGAGACGAAAGGAUUGUACAACUUCGCAGGGCAGCUGCCGAGUGUGACCUUCACAGCACAUCCCAAAUUUGACCCCGAUACUGGUGAAAUGGUCUGUUUUGGUUAUGAAGCCAAGGGUGACGGUACACCCGAUAUUUGCUACUACCAGGUCGGUUCAGACGGGAUAUUCUCGGAUAUCUGCUGGCUUGUGGCUCCAGUCUGUGCUAUGAUACAUGAUUUUGCAGUGAUGGAGAACUGGGUCCUCUUUCCCCUCAUUCCACAAUUAUGCGACAUUGAUCGCCUCAAAGCCGGCGGAGAGCACUGGGAAUGGAAUCCCGAAACCCCUCUUUAUAUCGGGAUUCUCCCUCGACGAGGCCCGAAAUCCAGUGAUGUCAAGUGGCUCCGAUGGAACAACUCUUUCCCCGGCCAUAUACUCAACGCGUACGAGAACGAACAAGGCAACAUCGUAUUCGACCUAGGCAUCAGCCAGCAGAACGUAUUCUUCUGGUGGCCCGAUAGCACCGGCUCUGCACCCGACCCCAGUACCAUCAUCUCCCAGUUAAUGAGGUUCACCAUCGACCCGCACACUACCAGCGAGAUCCUAUCUGACCCCGAGGUUCUCCACACCGGGAAUAGCGAAUUCUACAGAAUAGAUGAUCGCUUCGCCACCAAACAGCAUACACACUGUUUUUUCGACCUCAUGGACCCUGCCCUCGGGACUGACUUCAAGACUAUCAGCCCUCGUCUCGGCGGCGGGUACCCUCUAUACAACGCUCUAGCACACCUGGAUCUACGGACGGGAGAAUCAGAGAUUUACUUCCCUGGAAGGACCCAUCUAGUCCAAGAGCCGGUAUUUAUUCCGAAAGCUGGAUCCCCUGUCGAGGGAGACGGGUAUCUCCUGGCUUUGGUCAACAAUUACGAUACCAUGGCAAGCGAGUUGCAUCUUCUUGACUUGAAGGACUUUGUCAGACCGAAGGCGAUUAUUAGCCUUCCUGUUCGGCUACGCCCGGGGCUACAUGGGAAUUGGGUAGAUAGUAGGGAUAUAUCUGCUGCGGAUGCUGUAUCUUCUUAGAGCUUUGACCUAGUUCUGGCGAACGUUGAGUGACUCUUGG